UGUCUCGAUAGCAAGCAUUUGGAGACAUUCCAGAUACCAACUAUCUUCCACCUCAACUCUUUGAUAUAAUACCAAUCUAGAGUGACGGCUUUCGAUCGUCAAUAUCGUCCGACUCUCCUCACCAUGCCGAGCGUCGUGUAAACUCCGACCGGACCGUACAAACAUCCUCGUGGGCGGGCUCGAGCACGAGUCACCCGUCCCAGGGCAAGCGCCCCCAACUUCUCUCUCAUCAUGCUCCUCUUCCAAAUCCUCUCACAUCUCCUCCCCCUGCUCGUCCUAGUAACAUGCGCCCUCGCCGCGGGAGAAGACCUCUACAAAAUCCUAGGUCUGGACAAAUCCGCGUCAGAACGCGAUCUGAAAAAGGCCUACCGCACGCUCUCAAAGAAGUACCACCCGGACAAAGCUACAGGCGAUGAGAGCAAAUUCCUCCAAGUGACAAACGCCUACGAGACGCUCUCCGACGCCACCACCCGCAAAAUCUACGACCAAUACGGCCACGAGGGUCUCGAGAACCACAAACGAGGCGGCGGCGGAGGAGGCCAGCAUCACGACCCCUUCGAUUUGUUUUCUAGAUUCUUCGGCGGCGGAGGACAUUUCGGUGGCGGACAAGGCUCUGGUGUCAGACGCGGACCCGACCUCGAAGUCAGGCUACAUGUACCCCUGCACGACUUCUACACGGGUCGCGACACGGAGUUCACGAUCGAGAAACAACAGAUCUGCGACGAGUGCGAAGGGUCGGGCAGCGCAGAUGGCGUGGUCGAGACGUGCGAUAAAUGUCAGGGUAGAGGCAUGAUUAUCCAGAAACACAUGCUCGCGCCAGGGAUAUAUCAACAAGUCCAGAUGGCGUGUGACAGUUGCGGUGGAAAAGGGAAAACAAUAAAACACAAGUGCAAGGUCUGUGGGGGGAAUAAAGUCACGAGAGGCCCAACGACGUUGACGGCCAGUGUUGAGCGCGGGAUGCCAAAGGGGCAUCGGCUCGUGUUUGAGAGCGAGGCCGAUGAACAUCCGGAUCAUGUUGCGGGCAAUUUGUACGUGUAUGUAAUGGAGUCGGAGCCCGUGAUCAGUGAAGACGAGCAAGCGCGGACCGACGGCGUGUUUUUCCGUCGCAAGGAUGAUGACUUGUAUUGGAAGGAGGUGCUGAGUCUGCGGGAGGCUUGGAUGGGAGGAUGGACGCGUAACCUGACGCAUCUGGAUGGGCAUGUCGUGCAACUUUCCAGACAGCGCGGUGAGGUCGUUCAGCCGGGACAGGUCGAAAGCAUCAAAGGUGAGGGCAUGCCCAAGUUCCAUGCCGGUCAUGUCCAUGAGCACGAUGAUGGAGAAGAGUUUGGAAGCCUGCACGUCGAGUACCAUGUCAUCUUGCCUGAUCAGAUGGAGAGUGGCAUGGAAAAGGAGUUCUGGGCUGUUUGGGAGAAGUGGCGGAACAAGAAGGGCGUCGAUCUGCUGAAAGACAGUGGCAGGCCGGCCCCGGAUGUACGAGUAAAGGAUGAGUUAUAGAUCAUGGCAAAGGGAUUUCCAAGCAAUAGACAUGUUGUCUGAAUCACACAUCAUCUGCUGGCUUCAUCAGUGA